AUGGUACAGAAUCUAUGGACCCGUGGGCUGCUCUCCUACUUGUCAACUGGAGGUGGUGCAGGUCUUCUGGACGCGAAGCCGUCUGCGGCCAGAUACGCGCCCCCCUCCAUUCAGCUUUUGUCGGCCGCCUCUUCUGCAGUCACCCUGGCAACUACUCCUUCGACCCGCCUCGGCCUCUUCUUCUCCGAGAGCGGAGGCUCGCGUGUCAGCCAGGCCUGUGUGUGCCCCAGUUGCCUACGUUGGCGCAACAUGACACCCAUUGACCCCGUCACCCUCGAGUAUCUGACGCCUCCGAGUAAGGCAGCCUGGGGCGUCUUGCCGACCAGCGGCGUCGGUACACCUGGCACCUGGCAACCGCUCUACAGGCUAGAACGUAUUGCCCCCCUUGACGGAUUCAAGCCCAUCCAUUCAGACGGUCCAACGGUCGUUGGCAUGGCGACAGCGGCUCGUGCAUGUUUCACCCUUCCUCGGUCGAUUCUCGUCAGAAGCGCUGACCAGGCGGCGGAGGUCCGAGAGUUGCGUCCGUCUUGCAGCGGCAAUUCCGACUCGUCCACCCACCGCAGCAACCGAUUCGUGGGAUUCGUCCGGUCCGGACACCAACUUGUCGGGUCAAGCAUAUCGACUGGCUGGGAGACGAUCAGAACGGCCAUUGGUCUGAGACGAAACCUCGUGGAGGCGGUGUCGCGAGGUGGU